AUAACUGACACUGAUUUAUGUCAAGCACGAAUUUUUUUAUAUUUUUGUAUCGGGAACUAUGUUCUUUCUUCAUCAAAUUAUCGAACAUUAAAGUUUCGUGUUGAAAAAAUGAGUGGAGAGUGUUAUUCUAUGGAAGUUGGCACACCACUAAAAGGUAAUAAAGUGAUGGAAACAAAUUGUUCUCAAUUAAUUCAAGACGGAAACAAAAAUAUCAAUCAACUUUUGGAAUAUGAAACAAUGGUUUCUUCAGCUGAAAAUAAAUGUAAUCAGUUAAAAAGCCAACUUGAACGCAUUAAACAGUACUACAGCAGUCAAUCUGAAGCCAAAUUCCCGAAAUCUUCAUAUUCCAACUCCACAAAAAAACCAUCAGCUAAAAAACAAGCAACAAAAAUGAUUAGACAAAAUUCCAACGCAAUAAGUACCGACAGAACCGGGGCUGCUUUAGGAACAAUUAACAACAUUUUAACAGGGAUCACAAAAUCCAUGCAAGUUCCCGAUUUGCUCCCAAAAUCAAAAAUUCCAGAAGUCCAAAGCUGCAGCCAAUUGGGGAGUGGACAAGUUUUUGGUGUCGAUGAAGUCACAAUCAAUACAAAAUCGAAACAAUCAAUACAACUCAAAUCAAAACCGAAAAUUAGCAAAUCUAAAGUCGCAGCAAUAACUUCUUCAAGAAACUUUAAAAAAAUGAGAAAAGCAACGGCCAGUCUCCCUGAUAAACGCCACAGUAAGAGUAGUGAGAGUCAAAUUCCGAAAAUAGCACCGGCGAUUAACAAACGGGGAAGAAAAUUGUUGAGCAAACCCAAAGUUUCCGUCUUCGAAACCGAAAAAAAGUCAAAUGUGGUUCCAAGUAUUGUCAAACAUAGUGCAAGAAACCCAGAUUUGGUUGAAAUAUACCACAACAAUGCUGUCAAGCAAACCAAAUCGAGUGAUAGUGAUAUUAAUAAAAAGAAACACAAAGUUGGUGAAAAAGUUGAAACUGAUGUUGAGGUAAUCCCACCAUUAAAUAUUGAGGAAAAUGAAAAUCAAGAUCAAAACAAGGGUGUCGUAAGUAUUUACAAAAAUUACACCAUGCCAACUAUUUCCUCAAGAAUGAAACAAGCGGCGAAAUUUUACAUGCACUCGUUCAAUAUUAAAACUAUACCAUUUUGUCUUUCCACUUCUACGAGUCCUAGUCACAAUAUCGGAAUUAACAUUCAACAAGUGAUAAGUAUGGUGAAAACUAAACAACCAGUUGGGAAAUUAUCACCAACUCUUGCAUAUAACAUCGGUUUAGCUGCGGGAAAAUGGGAAGAUAAUCCCUUAUCGAUUUUGGGUUCGACUGUGACUACUAGAGCCUUUCCUUCACAGUGUCCUCUUUCUCGCAGUACAGUUAACUAUCAACACCUUCAAGAAAUUGCAAAAACUAUACCACAAGACAUAAUCGAAGAAAAUGAAGAAAUUGAAGAAACUGAAGUUUCGCCUGAAACUCGAUCAGUGAUCAUUACAGGCCCAUCAGGUGAUGUGAAAGUUAUCAACAAAAAACAAACUAUUUGGAGUGCUAAUACGGAAGAGAAAAGAUGUACCUGUGUUGUACCCAAAGGAAUAGGUUUUCAACAAAUUGUCAAUAAAUUUAACGGAAUUGCAACGAAACCCAAAAGUACCAGUCCUUCAAUUAUUAAAAUGAAAGGGAGAAAAUCGAAACAAAUUGGUUGUGGUGAAGCCGGUCAACAAACCGAUUUUAUGCCUCUGCAUAACAAGGAGAAGAAACUUAAAGAAGUUUUGGGUAAAUUACACGACGAGUUUGAGACUAUGACAAAGACUUAUGAUGAAUUGGUGAAAAGGAAUGAUGAAGGCAAAGCAACGCCUGAUGCUCUCCAACAACUCGAAAAAUUAGACAACGAACUUAACAGUAAAGAAGAAGAAAUCGUGAUGGUCAUGACUUUGUAUAAAGAGGUGUUGGCUUUGAAGCAACAAGUGAAAACUUUGAAAGAACGUGCAAGUAAAGAAAGUGUUUCGAUGCAUAACCAGGUUCCGAAAAUUGGUGGCAAAAAUAUGGAAACAGCCGGGCUUUUGAAUAAACUGCUGCAAAGGCUGCAUUAUUACCAGACACAUUACAAAAAACACUAAAUUUAUAACGAAAAAUCAUGUGUCAGUGUUGUACUUGUACAACAAAUACAUAAACAAUGACAAAAA